ACGAGGGCUGUUUCUCAGAUGAAUGAACAAGACCAAGAGUCCCAAAUAAAUGUAGAGUCCAACUUUACCGAAACACCUCCAAGGGACAGUCCUCAAGAUUUACCAGUUGACAACUCAGAGGAAGAGUUGUCGGAGAACACGACUACCCCUCAACUAAGACCAGAGGACACUGACAACACCAUUCAGCAACCAGAGAUUGUUGAAAUCAGGAACGUUGGAGCUGAACAAGCAGAAGUAAUCCAAUCUUGGGAUACGGCAGUUGACAAACUUCUAAUACUGUCAACAAAGAUGGAAAGGGCGGCAGACGCCAUGUCCAGUGCAACAGAAAAGAUUCCGGAGUUUGUUCAGGCUGCCAACCUCAUGACCAAAGCUCUCAAUCUAGUAUCCACUAAGAUUGACAGCUUGACACGUGCCACAGAGUCCAUCCAGGACUCUCAGAGAGCCCAUAGAAACUCAGAGGUACCACCUUUAUUUAACUCUACCAUUAACGAUCAGAGUACAAAAACUAUUUCCCUGACCAUAUUCAGUAUUUUCAUUGCGAUCAUCAUGGCCUUGACGCCACUGCUGCUGCUGCCAACUGCCAUCCUGACGAUAAUUGCCAUAUCCUCUUCCAACUCCUUGACCACCACCACCAGUAAGACCGCCUCUGUUACCAGAGAGAACUGCUACUUGCUCGGGCCGGCCAGGAGUCACCACUCCCCCUAA